UUCCGUAGCUGAUUCCUUCCUCCUGUCUCUUUCUCACUGUGAGAACAUGGAUCCUCUCAACUACUUAGUUCCGGUAUUUUAGUGAAAAGUGAAUUUUGUUUCGGGGUCAACAGCCUCCCUCUGGGUUUAUUCAUUCACCUGGACGCCAUGUUUGUCACCACGGGCUCUCGGGGCCUCUAUAUGGCUCCUCUGUCUAAAGGCCUUCUGUUAGUUCUUAAUGGGCUGACAGUGAUGCUGACCCUGCUGCCACAGUACGAAGACAUGUUUGUGUACAACCUGCAGGCUAUCACACAACAGCACCAGGUGUGGAGGUUGUUGUGUGGCAGACUGAUCUGUCUGGAUGUGAAGGACUCCUUCUGCAGCAGCCUGCUGAUAUACAACUUUCGAAUCUUUGAGAGAAGGUUUGGUACCAGGAAGUUUGCUUCUUUCCUGUUGGGCUCUUGGUGUCUCUCUGCACUGGUGGAUUUCCUUUUGGCCCAAACUUUCCAGUAUUUGUUUGAAUAUGAAGUGGAGGAACUGCCUGCAGGACUGCUUGCUCCUGUCUUCUCUCUAUUUGUGCCUUUCUACCUGUCAAUCCCAAGAAUGCCAGUCACCCAAAUACUGGGUCACAUCCACAUCACCAACAAGUCUCUGGUUUACAUUGUAGGCUUGCAGCUGUUGACUUCCAGCCCUUUCAUGUGGCUCCUUGCACUUAGUGGACUGAUCUCAGGUGGACUGUACCACUCCAAUGUUCUGUGGUUACAGAAGAUCCUUUUUGUCCCUGCCUGGGUGUCUAAUGUUGGACGCUAUAUUCUAGAGCCAUUCUUCUCAAGUUCUCAGCCCACUGAUGAGACUCCUGUAGGGAUGGGGGCCACUCUGGACAUUCAGAGGCAACAGAGAAUGGAUCUGCUCGACCAGCAGCUGCUGCUGGCUCAGUACAACGAGGCCCGGAGGACCACCAGACAUCAGCCGCAGGCUGGGUUGUUGCAGUGGACCAGACUCUUUCCGUCCCUGAGGCAGAGAGGACAAAACCGACCUCCAGUGCAGCCGCACCCUCAAGCUCAGACACCUACGCAGCCAUCGUUACUAGAAAACUCCCCUGUCGCAGAAGAGCAGGUUGCACGGUUGGUGGAAAUGGGCUUUUCCAGGAUCGAUGCCCUCGAGGCCCUCAGAGCUUCAAAUAACGAUAUUAAUAUGGCAACUAACUUCCUCCUGCAACACUGAGGGAAAAGAUAAGGGAGGUAAUUAAAAAAGGUGAAUAAAGAUGGCAAAUGAAAGAAUCGACCACAACUGAAAAGCAAAAUGGAGAAAAAUAGUUGCACCGAACCAAAGAAAGAGAAUGCAGGAGAGAACGUUCAAAUGUAUAGAUCAUUUGGAGGCAGUGUCGCCGCUCCCUGAAGUAACCUGAACUGAGGCCGAUAGCAGAUUGGUUAGAGAAGAAGUGUGAAGCACAUUAGUUUCAUAGCUCUCUGACAGCCAUACAAGGCAGAUGACUUGGAGCUAUAACCCCAAUAUAAGCCCUAGGAAAAAUAUACAACAGGUCUGGGCUUUCUGUGUACUACACAUUCAAAAUAUUAGUUUUUAGUACAAUAUGGUGACUUAUUUCUUUUAUUCAAACUGAUGUUGAACUGCACAGAUCAGCUGAUGUCUCACAAAAUGUAAAAUACAAUUUUAUGUAACCUGAUGUCAUAGUGCCACUUUCAAAAUUUUGAAACUGAAUUUUAUUGAUAAUUAGAAAUUCUAACAAGGAAUAUACAGUUUUUAAAACAACACAUCAGAGAACGAUAUAAAGUAGCGUCCACUUGCUGCAGCCAUCAACAGCAGAAGGUUGAAUUGUCCACAAGAAGAUGGAGUUUGAAGUAUCUUUGAGUGUUGUAACCAGAUUCAUAUGAUUUUACCACUCCGUUUUAUGCCAUCGUGGUUUCAUGGAUGUAGCGGGGCUAAGCCUUUUCAUGUGCGAGGAGUUUUAAUACAGCAUUUAGCCUGACGGACAGGAACUAAUGAGCCACACAUCUUUGGCGCUGACUGGUUUGGCUCCUUUUUAUAGCAGGGUGCUGGUCAGAGAGGCUUUCUCAGGAUCUGUGAGGCGACUUGUUUCGUCCGUAAGACCAUUUUUACAGACCGAGUGCACAUACACUGUCAGGAUUUAUUUAUUCUGUCUUAACUGAGUAUUCACCUGUUAGCACUCUGCUCUGAAUGGUCAGUCUUAAAGAUUGGUUCGUAUUUAUUAUGCAAUAUCACUACAAGGAGAAAUUUAUGGGAACUAUGCACUGCAUAGAAUCUACUUUGUGUAAAUAAACAUCCCUUUGAGAGAAGUAAUAUUGCAGCCACUGUGUAUUGAUGUCAAAGACA